UUUAUUUAACAGUGCAGGUCAGUAUUGAAAGAAACAACGAGCGAAUACGUAGUAGACGAACGAAAACGGAAAGUCUUACUUUCUGUGGAAUGUGGUUUCAUUUCGAGGACAAGCAUAUGAUAAAUUUCGAAAAUAUCCAGACAUAAAUUAGCAUAAAAUUAGUCUACUAUCCGUUUAAGAGUGAUCAAAUAUAUCUGGAGCUUUUUAAAUCGAUAAUGGCUUUAAUGACACGACUUUUUCGGGGUUUUCCUAGUGUACUAAUGAAACCAAGUGGCACGGCAAGGUAUACCAGUACGGCACCAUUAACUGCUGCUAAACUGCAAGAGCUUGCUCUGGAGGAAAACUGCAUUCUGGUCAACGAGAAUGAUCAGCCUUUAGGGAAUGCCUCUAAACGCGAUUGUCAUCGAGUGAAUCCGAAUGGAGAUAUACGAUUACACAGGGCGUUCAGUGUAUUUCUUUUUAACUCCAAGGGCGAAAUGCUGCUGCAACGAAGAUCUACGCACAAGAUUACUUUUCCGGAUUGUUACACGAAUGCUUGCUGCAGUCAUCCUUUGCACGACAUCGACGGUGAGCGCGAGGAGCUGAAUGCGCUGGGAAUUCGACGUGCCGCCCAAAGAAGAUUAAACUAUGAGCUGGGAAUACCACUUAGACAGGUCCGUCCGGAGAACUUCCACUUCCUGACGCGGAUCCACUAUGCCGACCGGGGUGACGGUGUGUGGGGUGAGCACGAAAUCGACUACAUUCUGUUUCUUCAGAAGGACGUGGAUCUGAAGCCAAACGAGAGUGAAGUCAGCGAAAUUCGGUACAUUCGACGGGACAGCUUGGAACGACAAAUCGCCGAUCUGCAGGCACCGCUGACUCCAUGGUUUCGAUUGAUUUUGGCCAAUCGGUUGAAGCUCUGGUGGGACAAUCUUCAUCGGCUGAAAAAGUACGAGAAUCUGGAUGAAAUUGAACGUUUUUAAGUAACCAAAAACAGCAACAGGUUCACGUUCAAUGGUGGCCAGUACAUAACCAACAGAAGCAAUAUCACAUUUCUUAGGGGGCCUGAUUGAGAAUUUCAUAAUUAUAGCGGUUUUUGAAUUGUCUCGUUCUCGUCUACAGGGUGAUAAGGGCAAAGUUAUGAUUAAGUUUUUUUUCACUAGCAUUAGUGUCUAGUAAAUAUUAAAACUGUACCGGAAAAUAUUUGGUAUAACCAAAAGUAAAUAGGUAUGUUUCAUUGAUAU